AUGGCCAGCCUACCACUCACAUUUGAUGUCGAGAGGAUUCCUGGUGGCAGGGAAGGUGCAAUUGACCGUUCAGUUAACAUAUACAAAAAUGUGGUUCACAAAACUGGGGGUUACCUUACAGAAAGUGGUUAUGUCAAUCUGCAAAGAGUACAGAUGAUCAUGUUAGCAGUUGGUGAAGUUGAGGAUAGCAUUUUUAAAAAGAGAAAGGAUGAUGAGGACAGUUUUAGAAGACGACAGAAAGAAAAGAGAAAGAGAAUGAAGAGAGAUCAACCAGCUUUCACUCCUGGUGGAGUAUUAACCCCUCAUGCCUUGGGUUCAAGAAAUUCACCAGGUUCUCAAGUAGCCAGUAAUCCGAGACAAGCAGCCUAUGAAAUGAGGAUGCAGAAUAAUUCUAGUCCUUCAGUAUCUCCUAAUACGAGUUUCACUUCUGAUGGCUCCCCGACUCCGAUAGGAGGAAUUAAGCAAAAAGCAGAAGACAGUGACAGUGAACCUGAACCAGAGGAUAACGUCAGGCUUUGGGAAGCUGGUUGGAAGCAGCGGUACUACAAGAACAAAUUUGACGUUGAUGCAGCUGAUGACAAAUUCCGUUGUAAAAUUGUACAGUCUUACGUUGAAGGGCUCUGCUGGGUUCUUCGAUAUUAUUACCUGGUACAAAAUGAAUAUUUUCCUCUAAAUCUCUAGUUAAUCAUUUUAAGAAAAUAGUUAUUUCUAUAAUAGUGUGUGUUGUUGAGCUAUAUUCUGAAAUUGAACCCAGACUCAUAUUUUCAAGCUUCCUAUAAAGAAAUUCAUUACU